AUGCGACAACCCCUGGAGCAGAGGGGCAAAAACAAACACUGCGCCUACCAUAGGGAUUAUGGGCAUACAACCAAUGAUUGCAGUUCCCUUAGGCGACAGGUAGGAAAUAUGAUAACCAGAAGAGACCUCGCAGAUUAUCUCGGGCCGAAAGAGCAGACAAGGCCAAGGGAAGUUAAUUCUCGGAAAGUAGAAGGUAAUCAAGUAAAGGUUAUUCAUGCAAUACAUGGAAAGUCGGAGGAAGACCAAGAGUCAGAAGAAGUGUACCGCUCCAGAUUGAGGGCUGUCCAUAAGCUAAGGAAGUUAUCCUCAGUAAAUUCUAUCACUUCAGGCAGUAUUAGUAUUGGAUUUGGAAAUGGAGAUUUAUCCAGAGUGCAGCUUCCCCAUGAAGAUCCACUCAUCAUUAGUCUUCUGGUAGUAAAUUGCAUGAUUAAAGACCUUGGCAGUAGUGUUAAUAUUAUAACAAAGGCAGUGUUUGAGCAGUUAGAGAUCCCGUCAUCAUCAAUUCGAGCCAUUUCUAGUCCUUUGAUGGGAUUUAAUGGAACGAAAGUAGACCCUUUUGGGAUACUCGAUUUGUAA